AUGACCCUCGUGAUGUAUCAGUUCUGCCGAGGGUUCAAAUUGUUAAUCCUAUUGAGUUCUCUGAUAGCUGCCGAGAAUCGACAUCUUUCGCUCAAAUGGGAUACCAUAGAAUGCCAUACACAUCCAAGUUACGUGACCGAUUUCAAAUGUUUGAUUAUACAGCCAAGGCGAUCGGUAUUGAGUAUUGAACUAACUUUGCUGGAAGAUCUCAGUUCGGUUGAAACAUACACAUUGGUGUCAACGAAAUAUAAAUCAUCUCCUCAUUAUCGAAAACUUUUUGAUAUCACUUUCGAUGGUUGUCGUGUCAUAGCAGAUGUGGCCCAAAGCGCCUUGGUAACAAAAAUAUACAAGGCUGUUAUACAAUCCAGUAAUCAGCCACGCAAAUGCCCCAUAAAAAAGGGUCUCAUCUAUUAUCGAAAUAUAAACAUAGAAGAUGUGUUACCCUCUUUUAUGCCAGUUAGCAAUUUAUUGGUGCAAGUGACUUUCUCUAAUAUAAAAGAAUAUUAUUUAAAUGUUACACUUAAGGGAAAAAUAUUACAAAAUUAA